UUAUGUGUGCUAAUGUUAAAGUUAAUUGAUUAACUAGGAUUAGAAAAUAGAUUUACAUGUUAAUGUGGUAAAUUUAUUUUUGUUGAAUUAUGUGCAGUUAUAGGAAAAGAAAAUAUCUAGUUUACCUUUUCCUAGAACCCACCACACACACACACACACACACACACUUAUGCUAUACACUCUCUUAACACACUUUACACCUACUAAACACACACACAUUCAAAUUCCAAAACCUUCAUGCGAACCCAACAACUGUCAGACCGCCGUCGACUACUCCUUCGGCAGCACCGUGGUCGCCGGUCGCGGCCCUCCCCUCCCUCUUCGUGACUUUCUCCUCUAGCCUCCAUUAAAGUAGAAAUUGAGCUUGAAGCUUUGUCCCCCCAAACCCAAAUUACUUGGGAUUUAAGGAAGAAAAUUGUUACUGGUUGGAGAUGUGAUUUUCUUGCUAUUUUGGUCAUUUUUUAUAUCUAGAUUUGGGAAUUUAUAUUAUUUCAUUUGUUUCACCUAUUAAAUUGCUUGCUUUGAAGUUGAAUUAUAUGAAUUUUGUGCUUGAUUUGGAACUUUCAUUUACUUUAGUGUAUGAUUGAAUCCCUAGAAAUAAGUGGGUGCUUAAGUUUGAAUUUAGUUGAUGCAAUUGACUUUAUAUUUUGGAGAUUUGUAUGUGUUGGAUUUUUAUUGGAUGAUUGAUUACAUGACUAUGUUUAGAGAUGUUUAAUUAGCUAAAUAUAUGAAUUGAUGUGUUUUUUUUCCAAGCAUGUCUAGCAUAUUUUGUGAAUUUAUUAGAUUUAAAAUAGGCAUACUGUGAAUAGUUGCCGAGAAUAGUGAAGGUGAUUUUGUUAUUUUCAUUUGAGUAGUCUACUUUUGUAAGAUGAUUAUGAACUUGAGAUAUGCUAUAAAGAAUGAUGUAGGGAAGAUGUACUAGUUUUCUUGGAAUUGUUUAAAACCGUUUCGUAUCGUUUUUCUGAUUUAUUUCAGUAUAUUGUAUGAGUAGUAAGUGUGGUGGCUGUUGUACUUGAUGAUUUGAGUAGUUUGUUAUGCUUUAACUGGUUUUAUGAUUAAGAAUAGAAGCUUUAGAUGUUCUAAAGUUAGAAUGACAAGAUUAAAGUUUAAGUUCGAAAGUUUAUAAACUAAGUUAAAGUGCUUAAGUGCUAGGAGUGGCGCAUCCAAGGCACAAGGAUGGACAACCAAACCAAGUUUAAGGAGUUUAUUUGGAAUUGCGUCUUGCCAGAUUGGGGAGCAUGGCUACAGGCACUGCAAAUGUCGAUUCACUGCAGUCUCUCCCUUCAAGAUUACUAGGACGAGUUGCUCUUGUUACCGGAGGUUCUGCAGGAAUCGGGGAGAGCAUUGUGCUGCUGUUUCAUAAACAUGGUGCAAAAGUUUGUAUAGCCGAUCUUCAAGACGACCAAGGCCAGCGUCUCAUUGAAACCCUAGGUGGCAGCUCAGAUGUCGUCUUUAUCCACUGUGAUGUGACAAAUGAAGAUGAUGUCAGGCGUGCUGUGGACUUCACUGUUGACAAGUUCGGUACCCUUGACAUAAUGGUGAACAAUGCCGGGGUGUCAGGCGCGCCAUGCCCAGAUAUCCGCGACUUUGAGCUCUCUGAUUUUGACAAGGUGUUCGAUGUGAAUGUGAGAGGUGCUUUCAUUGGAAUGAAGCAUGCAGCUCGCAUAAUGAUUCCAGCGAAGAAAGGGUCAAUAAUAUCGGUUGCCAGUGUGUCGAGCGCCUUGGGUGGCAUCGGGCCCCACGCAUACACAGGGUCCAAGCAUGCUGUUUUGGGGCUCACCAAGAAUGUGGCGGCGGAGCUGGGAAAACAUGGCAUACGCAUAAACUGUGUGUCGCCAUAUGCUGUUGCGACGGGGUUGGCACUAGCUCACUUGCCUGAGGAGCUGAGGACUGAGGACACAUUGGCUAAUUUUCGUAGCUUUGUGGCGAGCAACGCAAACUUGCAAGGUUUGGAAUUGACUGCGGAGGAUGUGGCUAAUGCUGUGGUUUUCUUGGCUAGUGAUGAGGCAAGGUAUGUGAGCGGCAUCAAUCUCAUGGUCGAUGGCGGCUUCACAUCUACUAACCAUGCCCUUCAAGUAUUCCGCUGAAUCUCAUUUAUACUCCCUCCGUCCAGCAAUAGCAGUCCCAUUUCUAAUGAGCACGGAUUUUAAGAAGGGUUGGAGUGUGUAAUAAAUGAUGUAUGAUAGUGGAAUUUGGGACCCACCUCAAUUGUGUUGAAUUUUUUCCUUCAUCUUAAGUGUAAAACAACAAGCUGCCAACCUUUUUUUUUAUGUUGCUCAAACGUUAUUUAUGUCAUUAAUUACAAUGACAUUUUUAA